ACCAAUCAUUUCCUUCGUUACGAAGUCCCAAGGAACUUGUGGAGGCCAUUUCAAAUUUUGUAAACACUACGAUUUGAAUGAAUGGAAGUAAAUGAAGCGAAAACAACCUUUUAAAUCUUAAAAUUCUGGGAAUAAGUGACAGUUUUGAUGUUUUUAUUUCCACAUUGAAUUUCUUGUGAUCGUGCGACUUUUAUAGUGAUAUAUUUUCGUCCCAAAAAAAAUUGUAUGUUUUGUUCUGUUUGAGUGUUUCAUCUCCUUUCCAUGACAAUCUAACAUAUAGGAUUUUGUUCGUAAUUGCAUUUUUGUAUGUCUAUUGUGGUGAAAAUGUCAUCCUCUGCAACAAAAAUACCGGGACUAUCUUUGUCUGCGAGGAAUAAACGAAAAUUGCCUGAAGUUCCAAACGUGUGUAUACAAAAUGGAACAGAAAGUUUAAAAACCCAUGCAAAGUUUAAUCCAGAAACUGUUGAAAUAUCAAUAGGUGGUACACACAGUAAAGGACGAAUUAAGCCAGGAUCUGAAUGUAUAAAAUUGUCAUUUGACAAAACAAAUUCUUCCGAUGAUUCUCUCUCUGCAUAUGAAAGUAAUACAAGUACUUUAUCAGGUGACACAACAUUCACAAAUUCAAGUGUUUGUGAUCAGUCAACUGAUAAUGCAGAACAUGAUUCUAUUACAAAUUGGACUAAUAACAGAGAAUGUAAUAAAGAAAACUUUCUCACUCCAGUUAAGGAACCAAGAGGACCCCCUGAAAUGGACAGGUUUGAUUUUAUCUCGCCAAACACUUGCAAGACCCCUAAAAGGAGAUACACAGAAGGUGACAAGUUGAUUGCUACUCCAGAAUGUUAUAAUGCAGUACAGCUUGAGGAUUUAUCACGAUUUGAAUUCCACAGCGAUGAUGAUGAUCAACCAAGGGAAGAUAGUAGUAGUCUGACAGUAGCAGUACGAGUUAGACCUCUCAAUUUAAGAGAAGAAAAAAUAGGCAACAUCCGCUGUGUCGUAUCAAUGUGUGAUAAAGAAACAACGGUUACUAAGGAUAACGGUUCCAAACAGACAUUUACAUAUGAUUUUUCAUUCUGGUCAUAUGAUAAACAAAAUGGCAAUUUUUCUGACCAGGAAAGAAUAUACAAGUUACUUGCCCAACCUUUACUGGUCAAAGCUUUUGAAGGCUAUAACACAUGCUUAUUUGCAUAUGGUCAAACUGGAAGUGGAAAAAGUUACAGUAUCAUGGGACAAGUAAACGAUGAUAGAAAUGAAAUAGGAAUCAUUCCCAGGUUUUGUGAAGAAUUAUUUUCAAGGGUAGACCAUGAAGUCACCAGAGAUUCCGAAAUGGUGAAAAUCAAUGUAGAAAUAUCCUUCUUUGAAAUUUACAAUGAGAAGAUCCAUGACUUGUUGGCUUCUUCUAAAGAAAAGGGAGGAAAAUCACAGCUUAAAGUACGAGAACAUCCUAGUACAGGUCCAUAUGUGGAAGGAUUAUCUAUGUAUGUUGUCAACUCGUUCGAAGAUGUGGAAGGGUGGAUAACUCUUGGUAACAAAAACAGAGCUACUGCAACCACAGGAAUGAAUGAAAGAAGUAGCAGAUCACACUCUGUUUUCACACUAGUAUUGACACAGACAAGGACUGAUGAAGUAGGAGUCAAGAAGAAUGAUCCUCGGAGAAUCACUAGUAAGAUUAACUUAGUCGACUUAGCAGGAAGUGAAAGGCAGUCACAGGCAAAGACAGAAGGAGACAGACUAAGGGAGGCAACUAAUAUCAACAAAUCUCUCACUACACUGGGAAUGGUUAUCUCCUCUUUGUCUAAAAAGUCUACAUCAGGAAAGAAGAAGUUCUUUAUACCAUACAGGGAUUCAGUUCUAACUUGGUUGUUGAAGGAAAGCAUAGGUGGGAAUUCUAAAACUGCCAUGUUAGCAACAAUUAGUCCAACUAACUACCACAAAGAGGAAACACUCAGUACACUCAGAUAUGCUAAGAUAGCUAGUAGUAUUGUUAAUACUGCUAGAGUGAAUGAAGAUCCUACUACAAAGCUAAUCAAAGAACUCCGUGCCGAGAUUGACAGAUUAAAGAUAAGUGAUAGAUGGAAUAGAGACGAACAACAGUCAGCCACACAGACAGAAAUUGAUGAACUGAGAGAAAAAUGUGUGGCGAAAGAAAAAGAAAUUGAAGAAAUGAAACAAUCUUGGGAGUUGAAAUUGCAACAGUCUGAAGAAAGAAAAGCUCAAGAAAAUAAAAACCUAGAGAAAUCUGGAAUCACAUGUAAAGUAGACAACAAGAUGCCAAACUUAGUGAACCUGAAUGAGGAUCCUCAGCUGUCGGAGAUGUUGUUGUAUGUUAUCAAAGAGGGACAGACUAGAGUCGGUAGAAUGUGUGAUAAUUCUAAACAUGAAAUUCAACUCAAUGGAGCAUUGAUAGCAGAAAAUCAUUGUAUUAUCAACAACUUGGAAAACGUGAUCAGUAUAACACCUAUAGAUGAUGCACCUACGUAUGUCAAUGGAAAUCUUAUAUCAGAACCAGUCAUUCUACAACAUGGUGACAGAGUUAUUUUGGGUGGAGACCAUUAUUUCAGAUUUAACCAUCCUAAACAAGUGAGGAAUAGAAAACAAACAUCAGGACAGGAGGUGAAGAAAGAUUUUGAGUUUGCCAAACAGGAACUUCUCAAUGUUCAGGAACAAAGAUUACAGUCAGAGUUAGAGGAAGCCAGGAGGCAAGCCCAGGAAGAAAUGUUGACAAAAGUAGAAGAGGUCAAGAAAGAGGCAAUGAAAGAACAAAGAGCUGUGGAAAAUAAACUAGCAGAAUGUGAACAAUUAUUGAAAAAUCAGUCAGAGGAAGUACAGAUGGCUGAACAAGGGAGACUUGAAGCAGACGACACUAUUCAAAAAUUAAAGAAACAGAAAAUGUUACUUGAACAAGAAUUGAUGGUUGGACGAAAGAGACAACAGUUAGAGGCCAGGGCAGCAGAGAGAGCUCAGCUAAGUCCAGCUUCUACUAAGGGCUCAAGAUUGAAAGAGUUUUUAGAAACAGAGAAACAGAAAGUAACACAGAGACUGGAACAACUUAAACAGAAACGUUCAGACAUAUCAUCCCCAACCAGACGUAACGCCAUGAUGGAAAAUCAGCUUGGUAAACGUGACUUGUAUAAGAUUGCCUUGUCACUGAGGGAAGCUAAUAAGAUCAGUCAGUUACUCAAGAAAAAUAUGACCUUUAGCAGAGAGGAUUAUUUAGAAGAUGACAAGUUAGCAACAGCUAUCAAAGUAACCAACUCAGAGUUAGGACUGUGUACAUUCUGGGAUGUGCCUAAGUUUGAAGAUAGAUUAGCUCAGAUGAGAGAUUUGUAUCAGAAUGAUUGUGAGAGUUCUGCUGAUGAUGAAGUAUUUAAUGAUCCCAGUGAGUCAUGGCUACCAGAGGCCCCUACUACACCAAGUACACCAAGAUCUCCACUUGGGAACAGCUUUAACAAAUCACCAUUUAGACAGUUUCUAUUAUCAGGAAAUAGUUCAGUUACAAGUCCUAGAAGUUUUAAAGAUGACACCUGCUCCUGUCCAAGUCAUCUAACAGGAACAGCACUAGCUAAAAUGUGUGAGAGUGUGACACUUACAUUUGUAGAGAAUAUUCAAGAUGGUUAUCUUGAAGAAAGUAUAGCAGAUAAAAUAGUCAUGUGUUCUCAAGCAAUUAAAAAAUCAGCAGUAUAUCUGAUAGACUCAAAUUCUUCACAAGAUAAAGAAUCAGAAACGAAUGAUGAAGAAACUCAGUGCUGUUUACUGAAGCUUGCUACAAAUAUACAGACACUAAGUUCCCAUUGUACUGUCUGGGCAAACAUGUAUGUUAAGGAACAGAGACAUUCCAGGGUCAUACAGGAUCUGACAACAAAGUUAAAGGAGCAUGUCAAGGUCAUGGGUAAUCAUGUGGUUAGGUUUUUCCAAGGAUGGGGAAACGAUAUAGACAGUUUGAUAUGUGACUCUGGGUCAAAGAUUGUGGAUUGUGUGCUUACCGUGUGUAAAUUAACAGGAGAAAUGUCUCUAGCAACAGAUAUGAAUAUGAUUUCAUUUGAACAACUGAAUUGUGAGGAAUCUGAUAAAAAUGAGUUGAGUCCUGAUGUUUGCCAUGCUUUCCUGGCUGGAUGUGAUUUGUUGGUGGACAAAAGUUUACAAGGACCAAUCAAAACAUUAGAAGAAUGGGAAUGUAAAGCACAAAAUCUGGCUGAUCUCUCCAAUAAUAAUCUGUCUCUUGGAGAAAUUCCACAACACAUAGAAGAACUGGUCUCAUCAAUGAAGAUAUUGUUUUCUACAUGUCAAGAACUACAGGUUGACAUGGAUACCAGUGUAAGAGAGAGUUAUGGAGGCAUUCCAUUACAAUUUUAUUCUGUCAGUUACAAGAGAUCACAGGGACUCAUACACCAUAUUAGCAACCUGUGGGAAAAUGUACAGAUUUUACUGAAUAGUGCUGAACCAUUAAUAAAAGGCCAUACAAUAGAUUGUAGAAAACUAUGCAAAUAUUCAGAUCUUAUACAGAGAGACAUCAGUAAAUUAGUUCUAGUUUCAAGUAAAGACAAUUUUAAAAUGGAUUCUUCAAGUUCAGAUUCUGACUCUUCUGUGUUAUCAGAAUUACAAAUGCAAAAGCUUGAGUAUGCAGCAAAAGAUGUGCACCUUUCUGCAGGCUGUUUAAUCCAAAAAGCUGAGAAACUGUUACGAAAUGACAAGAUAUCUGGAACACCACGUGGGAAACGUUUGUUACCACCGUCUCCUGAUAAAGCAGUAAACUCUCCAUUAAGUAAUAAAUUUAAGCUGGAUACUUGUAGCUGGGGAUAAAUAGAAAAAAAAUCAUGCCCUGAGUCAUGACAUUUCGAUUAUUCUGGCCUGGAGAGGUCAGCACUUGAGAUCAUGCUUAAAAGUAAUAAAAGAUCUGAUGGAACUUUGUCUUCAGAUAUGGAGAAAGCCGUACUUGGUGCUUUUGCUUGGAUGAUUAUUUAUACAAACAUUUUUGUAUUUAAUGUACGCUUGAAUAUAUUGUAUCCGCUGCCAAAGUGCACAUAAUUAUAUUUAAAUUGCUAGUACAUGUAUAAUAGUAUCAUUUAACUCAAUGGCAUUGGGGACAUAAUUGAAGUUUUUAGUUAAAUUUUAUCUAGCUUUGGUAAUUGGGCUUAAAAAAUGCUUAAAUGUAUUGGAAACUCAUAUUUUCAAGAUUUGGUUGAGACAAAAAAGUCAGAAACAGCUGUAAUAUUUAAAUAUGGCUCUUUGAACCAAAAUUUUUAACAAUAGAAUUAAUUAUAAAUUAUUCUGGACUGUUCAUGCCAUGAAAUUAAUAUGAUUUUUAAAUAAGAACUUUGUGAAAACAGUUGAAGGUCUUUUUUAUGAUAAUUAAUGAAAAGAGAAAUGUGUUGAAAAACUGAAAUUUGGUGAAUUGAAAUUCUUUGUUAAUUUGUACUGUCUCAAUAUAUGAUAACACUUAUAAUAGAAAGUUCAGUCAGAUUGAAGUACAGACCUUGCAUCCAGGCUUUGCCUACAGGAUCUGUUGACACCCUUGUAAAGACCAUUUGAUAUCAUCUGUUCUAUCAUUAUGAUACACAACUUCAAUAAUAUUUGCGCCAAAAUAGUAUGGACAGAUUUAAAAGUAUCAGAACUGAAAAAAAAGAAUGGAGUGUUGUGAGAUCCUUGUAAGCAAAGUGCUCACUGGCGAUAUUUACUUUUAUCAGAUUGCAGUAAGUUAUGAAAAACAUCACAGUAGAACAAUAUAAGUAUUGCAAUUAAUGAAAACUUGUAUGGUCCCUGUAUCUUUUGUGCAAUAUUUACAGCUUGUGUUCAGUUACUGUUUGUAUAUAAUUGUAGAUAUAGACCUUUAUUUAUCUUGUACAACUAUCAUGUGUCAAAUGCUUCUGAAGUAUAUAUAUUUAUAUGGAAGUAAAAAUAGUCAACUA